AUGCUCGAUUCCACCAUGUCAGAACCUCUACCUAUCGCCAUAGACCCCGUGGCCUUGGUAACUACAGAAUGCAUCACCGUCACUUCGUCCAUGCGGAAGCAUGCUCGCUGGGCGCACUCCUCUGUCUCCGCCAUCCUGGGCGGCAAUGGAGGCACUCGCGUAUACGAUCGAGACUCUUCUGCACCGCCAAGUCCCCGCAAAAUUCCACAAUCACCCCGCACCGAUGACGACCAUGCCCUGGCCAAUCGAUGGGGCCUACGAGGAAAGAAGGGGAAGAGCAUGCAGGAUAACCCGUUGAUAUCGGCCUUUACCCGCCUACGGAGUGAUCUCAAGGGCUGCAAGGACAUACGCACUUUUGAUACCCCGGCGCUGCUUCAUCCUUUCCUGCAGGUUAUUCGCUCCUCCUCAACCUCCGCCGCCAUCACCUCCCUCGCCCUGGUCGCCGUCACCAAGUUCUUUUCCUAUAACAUUGUCAACCGGGAAUCACCUCGACUCCCCAUGGCAAUGCAACUCUUAUCUGCCGCCAUUACACACUGCCGAUUUGAAGCAAGUGACUCUUCUGCGGACGAGAUUGUGUUGCUGAGAAUCCUGAAAUUGAUGGAAGGUAUGCUUUCUCGGCCGGAGGGCGAGCUACUGGGGGACGAGAGUGUCUGCGAAAUGAUGGAAACGGGUCUCAGCAUGUGCUGCCAGAGUAGACUGUCCGAGGUGCUAAGAAGGUCCGCGGAGAUGGCCAUGGUUAACAUGUGCCAAGUGAUUUUUACGCGACUCUCACACCUCGAUCAAGAUAUGCCGGCUGGGCCAAUACCAUUUGCGGAUGAAAGCACCAAAAAAGACACCUCUAACCUCAAGAUGGACCCGUCUGUAAAUGGUGACACAGUUACUUCACAGCACAAGUCUGCGAUGAGCUCAGAUACGGCCGCGGCCGAACGAGACAGCACCAGCACGGAGGGAGCUCGCGAGCAGACCAGCAACGGUGGAGCAGCAGCCGCAACCCCAAGCCCACAGACUGGUGAUGAGAGCGAGGAUAUUCAACCAUACUCUUUGCCCUCUAUUAGAGAACUUUUCCGGGUGUUGAUCGACCUCCUUGAUCCCCAUAAUCGGCAACACACCGACACUAUGAGAGUAAUGGCCCUACGUAUCAUCGACGUUGCUUUGGAAGUAGCUGGACCUUCCAUUGCUCGCCAUCCAAGCCUGGCUGCUUUGGCAAAAGAUGAUCUUUGCCGUUAUAUUUUCCAAUUGGUUCGUUCGGAACAAUUGGCCAUUCUUGCCGGAUCUCUCAGGGUUGCCGGUACAUUACUAUCGACGUGCCGACCUGUCCUGAAGCUUCAACAAGAGCUUUACUUGUCAUACUUGGUGGCCUGCCUUCACCCCCGUGUUGAGAUCCCACGGGAGCCCGGCAUUGACCCGUCCCUUUACGAAGGUGUACCCCAAACACCCAAACUAGUGAAACAACCACCAUCCCAGACAAACAGCGGCAGAUCAACACCCGUCCCUGUCAAGGACCGGCAGAAACUGGGAUUGGAAGGUGGUUCACGGAAACCAGAAGCCCGCGAAGCAAUGGUUGAAAGCAUCGGUGUGUUAUCACGUAUUCCGAGCUUUAUGGUUGAACUUUUUGUGAACUACGACUGUGAAGUUGAUCGAGCCGACUUGUGCGAGGACAUGAUUGGCCUACUCUCACGAAAUGCAUUCCCCGAUUCUGCCACUUGGAGCACCACAAACGUGCCUCCACUCUGCCUUGACUCUCUCCUAGGGUACGUACAGUUCAUUUACGACCGAAUUGAUGAGGAACCGAUUCAAGGCGAUUACCCUCAACGGGAGCACCUGCGCAAACAGCGCAAAACCAAGAAAAUUAUUAUCAAGGGAGCGCAAAUGUUCAACGAAAAUCCGAAGGCGGGAAUUGCCUAUCUAGCAGAGCACGGCAUUAUUGAGGACCCGAGUAACCCUGUUCUGGUCGCUCGUUUCCUGAAAGGUACGACCCGCUUAUCAAAGAAAGUCCUUGGUGACUUCAUCUCAAAACGUGACAAUGAAGAGUUGCUUGGCGCGUUCGUGGAUCUUCUCGACUUUUCAGGACGAAAUGUGGUUGAAGCGCUCCGCGAGUUGCUUAGUUCAUUCCGUCUACCGGGUGAGUCGCCUCUCAUUGAACGAAUUGUUACAACCUUUGCAGAGCAUUACACCGAAAAGGCGCAGCCGGAGGGAAUUGCGAACAAGGACGCCUUGUAUAUUCUGACCUAUGCCAUCAUCAUGCUGAAUACGGAGCUUUACAAUCCUAAUGUGAAGUCACAAAAUCGCAUGUCGUUCCCCGCUUUUGCUAGGAACUUGCGCGGAGUUAAUGACGGCGGUGACUUCACGGAGGAAUUCCUCCAGGAAAUCUAUGACUCCAUUAAGGAUAACGAGAUCAUUCUUCCCGAUGAACAUGAGAACAAGCAUGCAUUCGAUUACGCUUGGAAAGAGCUAUUGCUAAAGUCAUCAGGUGCUGGUGAUAUUAUCGUGGGGGAGACCAAUAUGCAUGAUGCCGACAUGUUUGAGGCAACGUGGAAGCCAGUCGUGGCAACCCUAUCUUAUGUUUUCAUGUCCGCAUCUGAUGAUGCAGUCUACUCUCGGGUUGUCAAUGGAUUCGACCAAUGUGCCCAAAUAGCAGCUCGAUAUGGCUUGACCGAGGCGUUUGACCGCAUUGUUUUCUCUCUGGCCUCGAUCAGCACUUUGGCAACGAACAAGCCACCAAGUACUGCACUGAACACUGAGGUGCAGGCAGGCAAAAAGAGUGUGAUGGUGAGCGAGCUGGCUGUUAAAUUCGGAAGGGACUUCAGAGCACAAUUGGCUACUGUCGUUCUGUUUCGAGUUCUACUGGGCAAUGAGUCUGCUCCAAAACAGGGUUGGGAGCAUGUUGUUCGAAUUCUAAGUAAUUUGUUCAUCAACUCCUUGAUUCCACCCUUCGACUCUGCACUCACAGCCGAACUUGACGUCUCCCCUAUCCCAUUACAACCUCCUUCACAAGUUGUGGACCGUGACAAUCGUGGUGAUGAUUCGGGCCUAUUUUCUGCAUUCACCUCUUACCUCUCGAGUUAUGCCGCUGAUGACCCCCCGGAGCCGUCAGACGAGGAGCUGGACAACACCCUUUCCACCGUGGAUUGUGUUACUGCCUGCUCGAUAUCCGAAAUUCUAACAAAUUUCAAAUCUCUACCUCUGCAAUCUCUUGUUCAGCUUGUCGAGGCUUUGUUGUCUCAACUGCCAGAGGAGAAUGCGCCCGCUGUCAUUGUUGUGAAGCCGGAACGACCAAGCCCCGUAUCAAGGCCUACAGGUGCUAGAGUUGAUCCAAACCAGCCCAAAUACGACCCCUCCAUGAUAUUCAACUUAGAGUUGGCAACUGUACUCACCCUUCGCGAUAACGAAACUCUUGAGGCUUUGGGAGAAUCACUUGCGACUACUCUGCAGACGCUUGUGCGCGAUGCUAAGAAUCUGCAUCCGUUGACCGUGUCACGCAUUGUUUCUUACCUACUAAACCUUUUGCGACUCAGCCAUGACCAACACUUCCUGCGAGUGCCCGUCGUGCUCCAUGCUAUCUCUGGAUACGAUCAAGACAUAUUGGAAACUCUUGCCGUGCCAACGGUGAAGGGUCUUUCGCGAUGUUUGGCUCACCCUGGCCGUCUGAGAAACGAAAUCACAAUCUCUCCAGACUUCUGGUCUAUUCUUCAGAGAUUGAUUCAACAUCAGGAGUCUGCUCCUAUGGUGUUUGAACUCCUCCAAAGCAUUGUGGAGUCUAUGCCUGACAUUGUUACGGCCGAUAACUACAAUUCGACUGUCUCCCUUGCAAAUGAAUUUGUUAGUGCAGCACACGUGGGGUCCAUUACUGAACGUCGAAGUGAUGUUCACGCUCGGAGAACCAAGGGCGUCAAGCAGCCCAAGUCUACCGAAAACCAAAUUGUCACCCGGGGCGUCAAGGCCAUUGGCUUAAUCUACCACUUGACUGCCCGAGUCCCCACGCUUAUCAAGCAAUCUCACCUCGAGCAACAUGAAGCCUGGGCCUCCUACUGGUACCCGAUUCUCCAAACCCUAUCUGGCCAAUGUGUCAACCCAUGCCGUGAUAUCCGACACCAUGCCAUUUCUACCCUCCAAAGGGCUCUUCUAUCUGCCGAGUUGAUAUCCGGCGACGACAAGGAAUGGGCCACUCUCUUCGAUGAGGUCCUUUUCCCACUUGUCUUGCGCCUUCUCAAGCCCGAGGUUUACCACUCCGACCCUAUUGGCAUGAGCGAGACCCGAGUCCAAGCGGCGACCCUUGUUUGCAAGAUCUUCCUGCGUUUCCUCGAUCAGCUUCCCAAUAGAGAGGGCAUGCUUCCUCUCUGGCUUCAGAUCCUUGAUAUUCUUGACCGUAUGAUGAACAGUGGCCAGGGCGAUAGCCUGGAAGAAGCGAUUCCGGAGAGCUUGAAGAAUAUCCUCCUGGUCAUGGCCGAUGGCGGUUACCUCGUGCCUCCGUCGCAAGAUCCUAGAAAAGAAGAAAUGUGGCUGGAAACUCGCAAGCGUCUCGGCCGAUUCUUGCCAGACCUGUUUGCUGAGAUUUUCCCCGAUGCAGGCAAGGAGGCUGAGAAGUCUCAGCCUGGGUCUGGAGUCGCGUCCCCGGCCAAGCAGAGUCUUGAUGUGACAAAUGAGAGCGAGAAGGCCGCUAUCCCGGAAGCAUCUGCCGUAGAACAAAUAGCGGAGGCUGAGACUGGUGCUGAAGACAGUCAACCUGCUCCCACCGAGGAGGGCACACUCUCGUAA